GUCAAUGUCAACUGAUCAAAACACUGCUUCAGAAUGGUGCGACAUUCAAGCAGAUGAUGCUGUGGUUCUGAUUUUAAAUCUUAAAACUACAAGACACACGUUGCCUAAAUUCAUCGAGAAAAUGAGAAACCUUAAAGUUCUUAUCAUCACCAAUUAUGGUCUGGGUUUCACUGAAUUGGAAAACCCAGGACUACUUGACUCCCUACGGCAGCUGAGAAGAAUCAGAUUGCAGCGGGUUUCACUUCCUUACCCAUGCAAAAUGAAGAACCUGCACAAGUUAUCUCUUUACAUGUGUGAGGUGCAGAAGGCUUUUGAAAAUAACUCCAUCGAAUUCUCAGAAGCAAUGCCGAAUCUGGCGGAGUUGAACAUUGAUUACUGCAAAGAUUUGGUGAAGUUGCCUGUCGGACUUUGCAAUACAACCACCCUGAAGAAACUCAGCAUCAGUAGUUGCCACAAGUUUAUCGAAAUUCCCCAAGAAAUUGGGAACCUUGAGAACUUGGAAUUACUUAGAAUUAGUCACUGUGUUGAGUUUAAGGAGAUGCCAGAGUCGAUCACAAAUUUGAAGAGUCUAACCUUUCUUGACAUUUCACAUUGCACCAGACUUGGGCAAUUACCGGACAAUAUCGGAGAGCUAAGGAUCCUGAAAAGCCUGUACAUGACGCGUUGUCCAGUAGAAAAAUUGCCGGAUUCGAUCGUCCAUAUGGAACAUUUAGAGUGUGUGAUAUGCGAUGAAGAUACUUAUCCUCAGUGGGAAAGUAUCAAAUCGCUCCGUCGAGGACUAUACGUUAAGAAGGCCGCGGACGUUGAUUUAAAUUGGCUUCUUGAUGAUCCUUCUUCAUCAGGCUUCAACCUUUGAGACUUUGAAUUGCCAGAGUUGUUGUUUCAAUUGAGUGAUGUCCAAAAACAUUGCUUUUACUGCUUUUGGUUUAUUGGCUUCUUGGCUUGCUUGUUUUCUUGGUUGCAGUAGUUUGAACAAAUCACCUGUGCACUAAAUUUGUAUUUGUACAAGAGACUGCUCGUUUAGAGUGUGUGAUAUCUGAAUCCUUUCUUUUAAGGUGCUUAUUACGUUGUAAUGUU